AUGAAGCAAUCUAUGAUAGCUUCCCUUGCGGCUCUCGCAGCCUCAUGCUCCGGAGCUCAAGCCGCUGAUAGCUUGAUUAACGUGCCCGUUAAUCUCUGCGCAGCCAUUCUUGGACAAGCCGCGUGUGACCAGAAGACCGUCACCAAUGGCUUGAUCAGUGUGCCUGUCAAUGCAUGUGUGGCAGUCCUUGGACAUGCCAAGUGUGACCAGUUCUCUUCCUCUUUGACCAGACGCGGCGGUUCUCUGAUUAGCGUACCGGUUAAUCUUUGCGCAGCCAUUCUCGGAGAGGCCGAAUGCAAGCAGAAGACCGCCAGUGCUGGCGGCUUGAUUGACGUGCCUGUUAACGCGUGUGCGGCAGUGCUUGGACAAGCCAAGUGCGAUCAGGUUGCUUCCACCACCGGCAGCGGCGAGGGUUCCCUGAUUAGCGUGCCUGUUAAUCUUUGCGCAGCCAUUCUCGGAGAGGCUGAAUGCAAGCAGAAGGCCGCCACCACUGGGGGCUUGAUCGAUGUCCCUGUCAACGCGUGUGUCGCGGUUCUUGGACAGGCCAAGUGCGACCAGGUUGCUUCGACCGUUACCGGUGGCGGUACCGGUACCGGCAGUGGCAGUGGCAGUGGCAGCGGUAGCGGUGAUGGUUCCCUGAUUAGCGUCCCCGUCGGACUUUGCACAGCCAUCCUUGGAGAGGUUGAAUGCAAGCAGCAGACUGCCACCCCUGGCGGCUUGAUCAAUGUGCCUGUUAACACCUGUCUUGCAGUCCUUGGAAAGGCCAAGUGUGACCAGGCCUCUUCUUCUGGCAGCGGCGAGGGUUCCCUGAUCAAUGUCCCUAUCAACGUUUGCCUGGCUGUCCUCGGUGAGGCUCACUGCCACCAGAGCUCCAGCUCGAAUGGUGGUCUGAUCAACAUCCCCAUCGACCUGUGCUUGGCUACCAACACUCCUGCCGUCCCCGGUGUUGUGCCCGGCGAGACUGCUACCCCUGCCGUCCCCGGUGUCGUUCCCGGCGAGACCAACACUCCUGCCGUUCCUGGUGUUGUGCCUGGCGAGACUGCUACUCCUGCUGUACCCGGUGUUGUGCCCGGUGAGACCACCAACGUCCCUGGUGUUGUUCCCGGCAACUCUUCCGUCCCUGGCGCCGAGGCUUCUGCCACCCCGGUCGGAACUAGCCCUGGAGGACCUGACUCUGGUUCACCUUCCGGCGGUUCCUCUGCCUCCGGUCCCGGGUCACCUGCAUACAGCCACGUUCCUUCUCUCACAGUUGGACGACCAUCCCCCACCGGCGCUUUCACCCGUGUCACUCCCAGCUUCACCAAUGUUGUCACUGUCUGCAAUGCUGCUUGCCACGCAUCCAAGACCUCUACCGCCCUAGUGGCCCACACUUCUCCUGUUUCCGGUGGCAACGGAGGCAAGGAAACCCCCAUUGCCACCCCCAGCACCAUUCCCUUCAACGCCGCCGGCCGCGUGACUCUGUCCGGCGUUGCCGUGGUGUUCGGAGCCCUUUGCGCUGUUGCUAUGCAGAUCUAA